AUGGCGCACAACAAAAUUUCCCUGAUAUCUGGGUUUCUGGAUUAUUUUGUGCUUCUGGAACAUGAUCAUUACUCUCUCAUUGAACAGCGAAAGCUCAGAAAGGAGCUCUUAUCACCACGGUUUCGUUUCAAUCCGAGAUGCACGGACGCUCCCUUUGGUUUAGAUUCAUCCUACUCCCGGUUUUAUCCCCGUUGGAAAGAAUACGAACGAUGGCAGGCUCGACUUCUAGACUACUAUGUUCCUGAAGGCCAAGUCCUUGAGGAAUGGGCAGAGUUGAUCUGCUUGGCCUCCCAACCUGGUGCCGCACUGGAACAACUGCACAUCUUUGUCCUUGCCCACAUCCUGCGACGACCAGUGAUUGUGUAUGGAGUAAAGUGUGUCAAGAGCUUUAGAGGAGAGGACUUGGGUUUUGCAAGAUUUGAGGGUGUGUACUUACCAUUGUUAUGGGAACCAUCAUUCUGUUGGAAGUCCCCUAUUGCACUUGGAUACACUCGUGGACAUUUCUGUGCCCUUGUGCCCAUGGAACCAGACUCUCCUGAGAACAUGGGAGCAGGAGCAAUCUUGGAUGCUGGGGAGUCACAGGUUGUCUUCUUGCCUUUAAUGACUCAAGAUGCCAAGCUUCUCCCUGUGCACUUCCUUACACAGGCUGAGAGUAGAGAAAAGAGUAUUUGUCAUUAG